AUGGAAGAAUUCAAAUUACAACGGCUUAAUGAAGACAUCGAGACGUUGACUAACAGAAAAAUACCUGAGCUAGAAGAUAAAGUUAGAAAGCUCGAGGAGGAAUACAAUGAGAAGCAAAUGGAACUUGCUUCGGUCAAGACUCAACUGGAACUGCCUCGAAAGAAAUUUCAAGUCACUGAAAAUGUUAUAAGUGAUUCAACGCUCCUGGAUCAGUACAUUAUUGAGAUCAAGAACUCCAAGGAGGAUAUAGAAAAGUAUCGAUCACGAAUAAUAACAGUGCCGUCAGGCAUAUCUCGAGAGGAAGCUGAAGCUGAAAUUGUCUCUGGAAAAGCCGAGAACAAUAAUAUUAUUGUCCAUGGAUACCCACAGGAAUUUUUCUCAUGGGUGCUGAUCAUCAUGACGAGACAAAUAAGGAUGUCUAUAAACCAUCCACGAGUAUAG